AUGCCGUCUUAUACAAAUCUUCAAGUUAAAAUGCAACGUGAUUCAAACAGUAUACCAUGGGGCUUUCGAAUGCAUGGUGGAAGAGAUUAUGGCUGUCCUUUGCAAAUUCAAAAAGUGAAUCCAAAUAGUUUAGCUGAACGUUGUGGAAUUCAAGGUGAUGAUUAUAUUCUUAAAAUUGGUACAGUAUCUACUGAACAUCUUCAACAUAAUGACGCUCAAGAACAGAUUAAACGACAUCCUAAUGUAUUAGAAUUUGUUUUACAACGAGGUGCUCCACCUACUAGUGCUGAUUAUAAUAGUCGUUUGGAUUUCGCAGCUCAGCAACCAAUACAACCUAAUUUUCUACCCCAAUCUCUUUAUCAAUCACCGCCUCAAUCGCCAUUACCAGGCCCGCAGAUUGUUAUGCCAAUAUCAAAUAAUCGAACUAUAUCUAGUCAAUCUUACAAUACUCCGAUCGGUCUUUAUUCUGCUGAUAAUAUAACAGACACAAUAUCACGUACACUUAAAAGUAUAAAUGUAGCUUCUGAUUAUCAAGUUGAAGAACCACCAAAAACUGCCAAUGAAUUUAAACCAUCAUCAGCUAAGUCAAUGCCCAAACCAGCACCUCAUAAUAAUGCGCCAAGAGGACCACCACCACCACCGCAACACCAACAACAACAACAACAACAACAGCAACAACAACAGCCAUAUUCAGCUCCGUAUGCUGCACCUCCCAAACCGGCUGGAGGAAAUAAACCUUCGUUUAAUGUUAAUGUACAAGGAACACCAGGAUCAGGCAAUCGUAUACUUAAAAAAGGUGGCAAAGGUAGUGCUUUAUUAAAUCAGAAUGAUAAUGCAAAUCAAGUAGCUGUUUGUCAUGCAUGUGGAAUUAAAAUACGGGGUCCAUUUAUUUCGGCAGUUGGUCAUUGCUUUUGUGUAAAUCAUUUUACAUGUUCACAAUGUUCAAGAGAUCUUGUCGAUUGUGGUUUUAUUGAAGAAAAUGGAAAAUUAUAUUGUGAACAAGAUUUUGAACAAUUUCUUGCACCACAUUGUGCUAAAUGUUCACAAAAAAUAUUAAAAGAAUGUGUUCAUGCACUUGAACAAACAUGGCAUCCGGAAUGUUUUCUAUGCACAGCAUGUAAAAAAUCGAUUGGUACAGGUUCAUUUCAUGUUGAAGAAGGUCAACCUUAUUGUACUGAAGAUUAUCGACGAAUGUUUCAAGCAAAAUGUACUUCUUGUGAAUUUCCUAUUGAACCAGGAGAUAAAUAUCUUGAAGCACUUGGUGGUACAUAUCAUGUUGAAUGUUUUAAUUGUUCUUCAUGUCAAACUAGUUUAGAUGGUCAACCAUUCGUAGUGAAGAAUAAUAAACCUUAUUGUCGUCAACAUGGUCGUCCAGCAGCUUCUAUCUUUAAUAAUUAA